AUGGCAACGUCAGAAAAAGAAAAACUGGGCUUCACUGUUGAAGUUGAACAGGCUGAGGGCCCGCCCGAUCAACGAACUUCUCCGAAGGCGCAGGACCUUGUUGAAGAGGUUCCUGAUAUGCAGGAUUCGCCGAGUUUGAUUGAAACAAUUGGGUAUUUGCUUUCGAUUCAGGAUGGGUAUGGGCCGCCGGAUUCGACAUGGGAUGUGGAUGAUUGGGAUUGA